UCAACUGCAUCAACUGCAUCAACCACCACCACUGCUCCAACCAUUCCUCACCCGUCGAAUCUAUGCGCACAUAUAGCACAGUACAGAACUCCAAACAAGACCCUUCCUCCCAUUCUCCCCUAAGAGCGACGCCUGCCUGAAGAGCCUACGCGUAAAACAUUGACGCGAUCCCCUGCCCUCAUCAUCACCAUCACAACAACACGCUGGUCAAAUCAAUCGAUGAUUAACCACCCGAUCUACUCUGCCUAGAUCUGCGCGGCAUUCCAUCUCCCCCUCUUCACUCCCUACCCAUCAAGUAUCUCAGGUUCAAUGUCGGCCGCUCCUAAACCCAACGCUGCCCCCGGCGGCGCCAUGGCAGGGCCCAACCUAGCCGCCGCAACCAGCAUCAUGCAAGGCGGCGUCAACAACCUCGCAACGCUGUCCCACAGCUAUCUCGACCGCUUCUUCCCGCCUCGGCAGCGCCAGCAGUGGAAAGCAAUGCUAUUGAAGUUCGCCUCCGACCGACCCUACCUCGCCAGUUUCCUGCUCAGCCAAACCGCCAUCAGCGGCCUUCCACUCCUCCUCUUCGUGCUGAUGACCGUGACGGUUUUCACGUUUUCCCUGCUGGCUGGUGUCCUUGUGGUCUUGCUGGGGGCGUUGUUGUUUGUGAUUGCCGCGGCGGGAUUUUCCUUGAUCAUUCUCGUGCCGACCCUGUUCUUCACUACCGGCGUGGGUCUGUUCGUCUGGCUUUGCGGGAUCGGACUCUACUUUGUCUUCAACUGGGCCAAUGACAAGGAUGCUUCAGGCGCUCGUGUUGGUCCAGCGGUUGCCCCGAUUAGACCUGGCGGACCUGGCAGUACUCAAGGCGUCAAUGGGACCUCCGCCAAUGGACCACCUCGACCGAGCGGUCCAAACAAUCCCCAGGGCAUCAAUGGCAAUCCGACCGGUGGACCGCUUCGACCGACCGGGCCCAACAACUCUCAAGGUGCCAACGGCAAUCCAGCUGGCUGGCUGCCCAGACCGAGCGGUCCUCCCAAUGCUCAAGGCGUGAACGGGAAUCCGGCCGGUGGAGCGCCCAGACCAAACGGCCCGACCAAUCCUCAGGGAGUCAAUGGAAAUCCACAGGGCGGUCCCAGACCGAACCCAAACAUGCCACACAAACCUCCGAGCAAUGGAUCACCGCCGCAGCCGCAGGCAAAUGGAGCGGCACCCAUAAACCAUACCAACAAUGGUAAUGGCAUCAACGGCGUCGUCAACAAUCCCAACACCACUCCUCCUCCCAAUAACGCCAAUAACACCCUCACCCCCGGCAACGCCAAUGGCAUGAGCAUGCCCAACUCUCCUCCGCAGAGAAAGCCCGUCGCCAGCAGACCGCAGUCAGUGAGCCCGGGGCCGAGAACACCGGCACCAGCGGAGGGGAUGCCGCAAGGAGCUCCUACGGCUAGUCCUUCUCCUCCUCCAGUUCCCCUGCCCAUCGCCGUGGCGAACGCAAUGGCCGAACCAGGCGGAGAGCAAUGAAGAGCCGUCGACGCGAAAGCUGGCAUGCAGCCUAGAUUUCUCACUUCUAGCACGGCAAUACAAGCAUUUCGGAAAGAUGCAGUAUGCAUUAUCUAAGUAUUCGGUCCGAUUGAUCGAUUGUCCCACCUACCGCCAUCCCUGCCUGACUCGAAGACACACCCACGUGGAAUACAUAUUCUCCACACGACGAACCGGUUUUCAUAAUCAGCCGAGACAGCGAAGGAGAGGACGAACCGCUCAAGCCGGGGAAAGGGGACCUCAUUCCCCCAAAGGCAAACCUACGUCUCAAAGCGACGAGACCCGUCUCCAAAGAAGCCUCUGGCGAUUACCCUCUUCUGUUUCCAGCGGAUGCUUCUCGCGCAAGCCACGACGAGAAUACGAUGAACAAGGGCUGCCGGGAAAGGGGGGCCAGAAGGGGGCUCUCCUCAUUCAUUUUGCUUCCCAUUUCACCCCGAGACGCGAUGACAUGUUCUCCGAGAACUCUACGAAUCAGCAGGUAUUGACUUUCCCUCGGCGUCGUCAGGGGUAGAUUCUAUCCUGGUAUGCGCUGGUCUGGGUUCUCCUGGGUUGUGUUGUGUUGCGUUGCCUUGCAAGCGAGGUGUUGGUGGAGUUUGGUAUAACGGUACAUGGUAUAUGGACCAGCAAUGCAAGCGAUUCGCUUUGAGGUCUUUACAGGGGUUUUGCAAGUGAGUCGGGAAGACAAGAGAGAGAAAGAAAGAAAGAAAGAAAGAUAGAUAGAUAGAUGGAAAGAGCUCUGUCCUCAACCUCAG